GUAAAAUGUUUAAUUAGCACAAUAAGUAAUAAAAUAAAAUAUAAAGUGUUAAAAUAAUCAAUAAAUGAAUAGCGACAUGCAAAUAGAAGCACUAAAAUUUGGGCAUAAAUUUCGUAAAGAUAUGGCCAACAUAGAAAUAGAUGGCAGUGAGAAUUGGUCUCAAUCCUGCACAAGCCAUGAGCUAUGCCUGUGGUUUCUCUGUUUUGGAUUCGACCUCUCAUUUUCUUUCUUCUUCUUCUCUUUAUCUAUCUUCUUUUAUUUUCUUUUGUAAUCUCUUGUGUCCUUUAUUUUAUUCAAAGUUUUUGGACAAUAUGCCUGGAACAGAGCCUCAGCCAUCCUUUCUUGGUAGAAUCAGCAUCCGCCGGAACCAGGUUAUGGACGUCAACUAUGAUUCAGAGCAAGAAGACCUCGAGCUUUUUCAGAGGAAUGUAGCUGAUCGCUUUACUGAUUUGUUAUCUCCAAUGGAUGAUGCAGCUUCCACUGAAACUCUGCUCUCUAUUUCAUGGCUGAGGAAACUUACAGAUGUUUUCUUGUGUUGCGAGGCUGAAUUCAAAGCUGUUUUUAUAAUGGGUCGUGACAAUUCGCAAAUUUGCAAGCCACCGAUGGAUCGUUUGAUUCCUGAACUCUUGGACAGAGCUGUUAAAGCUCUGGAUAUAUGUAAUGCUGUGUCUAGUGGGGUUGAAUCUGUGCGUCAGUAUGAGAAAUUCGCAGGAAUUGCAGUCUCUGCUUUGGAGCAGAAGCCAAUGGAUGAUGGCCAAGUAAAGCGAGCGAGGAAGGCUUUGAAUUCUUUGUUAACUGCGAUGAAUAUAGAUGAUAAGGAGAAAGAUUUUAAGGGUGCAGAUCGAACAGGGUCUUUUGGGAGGAGAGGAAAUACAAAUUCUGCUCAUAAGGAACAAGUACUAGGCUACUUUCGAUCUCUUUCGAUGAUCGUGGCUAAAAAUUGGUCUGCUUCUAAGCAGAUUCAGGCAAUGUGUUAUAAUCUUGUGCCUCCUCGAGGUGGAGAACCCACAGGACUUGCAUUGCCUGUUUAUGUAAUAAGCUGUGUUAUGGUACUUGUAAUGUGGGUUCUGGUGGCUGCUGUGCCUUGUCAAGAGAGGAGUGGAUUGGCGACGCAUUUUCAGAUUCCCAGGCACUUAACAUGGGCGCAUAGCAUGCUUGGGCUGCAAGAGAAGAUUUGGGAGGAGUGGAAGAAGAAGGAGAAAAAAGGGUCGAUGGGGUUGCUGGAAGAGAUACAGAGGAUGGAGAAAUUGACGAUGAGUUUGAUUGAAUUUGCUGAUGGGUUUCAGUUUCCAGGGGAGACGGAGAAGAUGGAGGAGGUGGAAGCUCAGGUGGCUGAGCUUGCAGAGAUUUGCAAGAAAAUGGAAGAAGGUUUAGUACCUUUGCAAACGCAAAUCAGAGAGGUGUUUCAUAGAAUUAUGAGGAGCAGAGCAGAGGUACUUGAAAUGUUGGACAAUGCAUCCAGGGUUUCUUAACCUACGACAUAACUUUGGGCACAAAGCUUUACUAAUUUUGUGCAAAAUUGGAGCCUUGAGCUUUGAAACCUUAGAAAUUUCCUGUUUCAAAUUGCUCAUGGGUUUGUGAACAUGUUCAUGUAGAACCUAAAACUUGGACUUAUGUAGGAUUUAUUUUUUAUUUUUCUGUUGAUUUGGCUCUUAUAGCAACUUUAACUCAGAAUUUAGGAUUUUGGGGACAACUCCAUUAUCACUUGGUGAUUUCAUAAUCUGUUUUCCAAGAGAAAUGAAAAUACCCAAGUUGAUGUUCUUGUACUUAGAGAGGAGAUAGUAGCAAAUUCUUCAUUCUGAAUUUGGAAUUAACUCCUUGGUCUUGUAUAAGGUAUGGAGUUUUGAGUUUGCACACUGGCUAUGACAAGAGGAUUUGAACUUUUCUCCACUUUCUUAACAUGAAAAUGAGAAAAUCUGAGAUAUGCCAAUGCCAUGGAUUAUUUGUUUCAGGACUUAGUUCAUAUAGCAAAAAAGUUAUUUGUUGCACAUCAGGAACUGAUUCCUUGAUUCUUUCUUUCUUUUUUCUUUCCUGCCAUGGAUAAAUUACAAGCUUUUUCACAUUAUCAUGUCAUGUU